AUGGAAUACCAUGAGAGCAAAGCUGAGCAGUUACAGGAACACGAUAUGGUCCCUAUCGACGAUACUCAAUUCGAGGAAAAUGAACAAGUUGUUGCUAACAGGGCAGAGCCCGAAGCCACUAGGCAGUCUAUGGACCAAGAUAAUAGCAGUGAACCGAGUGGGACCCAGUCGGAAGGUCAGAGGCUGCUCAUUCAAGACUCAAACUCAUCUGAACCUGAAGACAGGAUCUGUCACCUACCUCACUUCAUAGACAGAUUACUACUAGAACAGUUUGAAAUUCACAGCAAUCUCCGUAAUCAUCUAGGCCUGGACGAUGUGGCCGAGGCGACUACCUCGGACACUAUAUACAGCUUCCUAACAGACACCUUCAUACCAGGCAUGAGCGGGAUGAAUCCCGCCGACGAUGAGUUUGUAAAUAGCACCAUGACUGAUGAUGGGUUCAUCGAACUGAGCCAGAAGAAACCAUACCGUCAAGCGACUGCCCUCGUGACAUACCCUAUACUCUACAUAGUUCGCGGCCCGGAUUCGACAGGCAAGUGCAGUGAUCUUGGGGAAUUCGGUCAAGCGUAUCAAAAUUUCUUCCGAACAUUCUAUUACUGCCACCUGCUGCCGAUGAGCCCAGUUGGAAAUACAUCGUCACAGUCUACUUCAAAUUCAACAGAGAAUAGCACUGCUACAGGUCAGGCGCCUACGGUAGAUCGGAUUGCCUUCUACAAGGACAAUAACUGGAUCGACGGCUCGGCCUCGGCAGUGGGUACUCUGACCACCUUCUAUACACCCGUGGCUGACAUCUACACCUUCGUCUCUGUGUUCUACGAGAUAAGCGCAGUGGGCCACAUUGAAGGCUCUGUGUACCUCAAUUCGUUCAAGGAUGUCAGCCCUGUUGGUAACGAUCUAUCACCUGCCACCCCUAGUUUGCCACUGUCGGAUCUGUGGUCAGCAUUCUGGUUGGUCGGUAUGCUCUUGGCCAUCGGACUCACACUAGUCCAGACCGGAAUAGACAUGUUCCGGGCCUUCCAUCCAGGCCACCUUGCCAGGGGAGUCGGAAUGAAGGAGUACCUCCUUGGAAUGCAUGCCGUCCACCUAGGGAUCCCAGGCCAUUCGAACGAAUCUACCAACAAGGAUGGCGGCGGCCCUAUAGCCGCUGAAGAGUUCGCUAUCUUCGAGUCCCUGUGUGACCUUUUCGUCUUGUCGACCUUGAUCCUCAAGCUAGCCGCCUACUUGCCGUCAGUGGGAUUGACCGUACCAUCCUUUCUGGGUACGCUAGAGUUCUCCAAGGUUGCUCUUAGUCUCCUUAGUUGGGAUCCCCACACAGAGACCGCCCAGUAUCUGGCCGACCUGCACCGAGCAUCACAAAUCGAGACAUUAGCCGACAGCCUUCGUACACUGACAAUGGUCACUCUAUGUGUCUGCUGUAGCCGUUUCGUCUUCUUUCUGGCUACUCAUCCAAGAGUAGCUAUCCUUGCCGAGACUGUCAGGAUUGGCUCCGAUGAUAUGUUUCAUUUCUUCAUUCUCUUCGCCACACUCUACUCCCUCCUCGCUUUCCUGGCUCGUUGGGUCUUCGGUGACUCCCUGGCUCAGUUCAAGAGCUUUAACGCUGCACUUUACACGCAGUUCCAAAUGCUGAUAGGGGAGUGGCCGUUUGACGACUUUGAUGGUUACGAGAACCAAGGCGUGAUGAUCUUUUAUAUGAUCUUAUUCGGAAUAGUCAUGUUCUUCAUGGUUCUCAACUUUUUCCUCGCUAUUGUGGUGGACAGUUUUGAAUCGACCAAACAAGAGAUAGAAGAGUGA